CUUACCACGUGUCGAUAACCCUCUCUCUCUCACUACACAUCUUACCGAUUUCCACUUCCCAAUUAACAUUUCACUCUAUUCUCUCCAUCUCUCUACACAUGAUCACUCGACUGGACGAUGUGCCACUGCAACAUCACUCCUCCUCUUUCCCAUGCCACAAAACCCAAUACCCGCUCUGCCACCGCUAACACCGAAACAAAGCCUUCAAUUUCUUUAAAACCAUCUCGUAAAACCAGAACCAAACGCCGAAAACCAAAAUACCUCUGUCUUAAUUUGAAGCUUGGCCAUCAGAAGAAGAAGAAGCCGCAAACUUCUAAAAACGAGACCAAAAUGACCAACAAGCUGCAUCAACAACAGCUCACUCUCUUCCCACUUCACCCCGAAAACUUAGUUGAAGACCCUAAAGAUUACAUGCACGGGCAUGAGAAUGAAGAUAACAACGUUGUCGCCAGCUUCCUCUUCGAUGCCACUACGGAUAGCUCCACCACCCUCAACGGCUUGCUCAUUUCCACCACCUCCGAGCAAGACAGCCCUCCAGAAUCGCCGUUAUCGCUGACGUUUCCGUACGGCGAAGAUCGUUGUGGGGACAGUAAUCACGGGCUGGUACAAACGGCCAUGAGGUGUAAAGAGAGGGACGCCAGUGAGGAGAAGUGGGUGAGUUACAGUGAGGUUGUGGAAAGUAAUAAGAUUGUUGUUAAGGAAGAGGAGGUGAUGAGUAGUAGCUGUAUCGAAGAUCAUGAUCGGGAUGAUGUAGAUGAAGCUGCAUGGUGUAUGGAAGAGGUACAGGGGCAGAAUAGUAAAACGUUAUUGGCAUUGAAACUUGAUUACCAGGAGAUAUUGAAUGCUUGGUCUGAUAAGGGUCCCCUCUAUGUUGACGGAGAGUCCCCACAAACUGUUCCCCAAUUGCAUGAUGCCACCGUGCCAAUGGAUGCGUGGAGUAACGUUGGUAAUUUGUGGAGUGUGCCUGAAAUGACUACCACUGAUGGCAGCGAUGCUGUAGGAGGCAAUGAAGGCUGGAAGAGAGAACUUAGAGAGGCAGGUGUUUUGAGAUACAAGAAGAAAAGGCAAAAUAGGCUCUUCUCCAAGCGCAUCCGAUAUGAAGUUCGAAAGCUCAAUGCCGAGAAGCGCCCUCGCAUGAAGGGUCGAUUUGUGAAAAGAAGUUCAGAAGCGUAAAUAUUUGGAGUGUUGUUGCUUAGAAGAGAGUGGUAGUGGGAUUGUUUGGAAGGUUUUUCUUCUCAUUUUUAUCUCAUUUCUUGCUCAUUUGUUGGAUUAUAUAUGCAUGCAUGUUGCCAAAUAGCAUAAGCAUAGUUUUGUCAUCCACCCAUUAUGAAAGAAAGAAAUAAAGAUAAAAUCAAAUGAUAAAGAGUAGUGUGAAGCUGCUGCUGGACAAGAGAAAUGCCAACUUUGUCAUAGUAGAUAUACUUCUAACUCGAUAAUAUAUUCGGGGUUUUAUAAGUGUAACAAAAUCUCAAACUCAAAUCUUCUAUCUGAAAGUCUUAGUACUCUGUCAAUUUUGUUAA